GAAUGAUGGUUUAUUAUUAUUAUUGUUAUUAUUAAACAUAAUUCAAAAUUGUAGUAUACUAGUCAGCUUUAGUCAUCACUAGUCAAUUUUAAAUCAUUCGCCAAGUCGUACAUUUAUACGGGAGUAACCACCCCUGGCUUAUUUUUAUCUAUGCAUUUCAGAGGCUGACUCAUUUUAUUAAAAGAAAUCUCCCCCCAACAAAUUUUUAUUUCUCAACAUUCCUUCCCUAAAAUUAUUUUGCUAAAUUUCGAGUACUUUCGCUAAAAUGAUAUUUUCUGGAAUAUUGAAUUGUUGUCACAAAUGUUAUGUUUAGUAUAAUAUGCACUCGAUGGUGUGUAAGUACAUCAUGCACAAGCUCUUAUUUAUAGCUUGAAAACACUUUAACCAUUGUUAUUCCCACCUGUAUGUAGUAUGUACCAAUAUCUUAAUUAAUAGCUCCGCCAGACGGACUUAUUACAAGAUUCAAAAUUUACAGAAUAAUGUCGGACUACGGGGACGAUUUUAUGGCGGACGAUGAGGAUUAUGAUUUGGAGUACUCCGAGGAUUCAAACUCAGAACCUGAUGUGGAUUUGGAGAAUCAGUAUUACAACAGUAAAGCUCUGAAAGAGACCGGGCCUAAG